AUGUGCUUCCAUGUCUCAUCGCGAGACCCGGUGUUUAUCCAAGAAGAAAUGCUCUCCCGUUCGGGUUACCUGGAAUACGAUUUUACGGGUGCCCGGACGUCAGCAUCGAGUGGUCGGCAACGCAAGGACAAUGGUCGCCCGGCUCAGACUUCUGGACCGGCGACCGGCUAUGGUAUUAGGCUGGGUAAAUCUGCUGGAGCAUUCAACGAAGACGAUGUCACGAAGACAAUAUGGUUGCGGCAUCGGGAGGAUGCCACACACGCUGACGGAAACGAGUGGGCGGCUGGGGACAGCCACUGUUGGCAAGGAUUUGCCCGUUCGAAUUCCGACUUCUUCUGGAUGUCCGGAUAG